ACACCAGCACAGUGGUUUCCUCGUUUAGGGUUUGACAGCAGUGGCUUGUUGUUUUACAGCACAAAACAACAAGGAUGAAAAUUUCAAGCGACGAGCAGAAGCACUAAUCAUGGAGAAGACUGACAGCUGAAAGCCCCUUGGCCUCGUCACCUCUGUCCGCCGCUGUACGCUACCACUUUACCGUCGGACAACUUGAUUGUCGACUGAGCUGCAGAUGAACGUCCCUGGAUUUGUUGUUGUUAGCUGCUAAUGCUAACCUAAGAAGUUGUGGGCUAGCUGGCCUAGCACAUGCUAAUUGGCAUAGCGACGAAAAGACAAUUAGACUAAUAGGUUUGGUUUACUCCGUGUCGAGUAAACUCUGCCUUGUUUGUUAGCUAAUGGAGUCAGCUAACGUCAGCUUCGGUUGUUUAAGAACUGCAGCUUUGAGUAAACCUUUGAAGUAUCGUAGCAGUUAGGAACUUAGCUUUUCUGUUAGCCACCACUAUCCUUGAAAGAAUGAGCAGAAAACACCAUCAUAUAAAAGGGGCAGAAGUCAGCUGCUGUGUGAAAUAUUUCUUAUUUGGAUUCAACAUUCUAUUCUGGUUACUAGGAGCAACAUUCUUGGCCAUAGGAUUGUGGGCAUGGGCGGAGAAGGGCGUGCUGGUAAAUUUGUCGUCAAUCACAGAUCUAGGGGGUUUCGAUCCCGUGUGGCUCUUCAUCGUUGUGGGAGGCAUCAUGUUCAUCCUGGGCUUUGCUGGCUGUAUUGGAGCACUCAGAGAGAACACCUUCCUGCUUAAAUUUUUUUCUGUGUUCCUGGGUUUGAUCUUCUUCAUGGAGCUGACUGCCGGGAUCCUAGCCUUCGUUUUUAAGGACUGGAUCAAAGACCAGCUCAACUUUUUCAUCAACAAUAAUGUGAAGGCCUACCGUGAUGACAUAGACUUGCAGAAUCUCAUUGACUUUGCCCAGGAAUAUUGGUCAUGCUGUGGAGCUCACGGGCCUGAUGACUGGAACCUCAACAUCUACUUCAAUUGUACUGAGCUGAACCCCAGCAGGGAGCGCUGUGGAGUCCCAUUUUCCUGUUGUGUCAAAGACCCCGCGGAGGAUGUCAUUAACACGCAGUGUGGUUAUGAUGUCCGGCUUCAACUGGAGCUGGAUCGUCAGAAAUAUAUCUAUACCAAGGGCUGUGUGGGACAGUUUGAGAAGUGGCUUCAGGACAACCUGAUCAUUGUAGCUGGAAUAUUUGUUGGUAUUGCACUUUUACAGAUAUUUGGUAUCUGCCUGGCUCAAAACCUAGUGAGUGAUGUGAAAGCUGUCAAAGCCAACUGGUGACAGGAAAGGUGAAGUGAAGGGAAGCUGCUCUCUGGCUGACACCAGGUCAACACAGCUCACCAACACUCUCGCGAGGAAGAGGAGCUUCGAGCCUUCAACCCUGCCCUCUCCUUUACUGAGCUAAGCAGCACAUAUACACUGUCACUUACAGAAGAAACUGACACAAAGCGUUUACUUCCCUGUUUAUCAGUGACACUUGAAUGAGGGGAGAGGAACAUAUCCCAUGCAAACCAAACUGUCAACACUUUAACCACUCAGCUGGGAUUUAAACCCAAAUAUACGGAGGAUGGCCAUGCGUACUUCAGAGUUAGAUUCUGUUCUUUUCCUCUGUCCUCUGAUUUUGCUCUUCAGACCGUUUAAUUUAUGGGGCGGAGUUGCACAAGGACCUUUAAGGUUGAAAGCCAUGAAUGAAAGCAAGAGACGGCAUAAUGAUGCAAAAGGGACAAGUCCCUCUUUUUUUAGGUCAAGUGUUCUCUUAAAAACAGCCAGUUUUUAACAUGGUUAAAUCUCGCUUCCUGCUGCAGAGGGUGGUGGGGGGGCUAGCGGGUUAGCGGGCCAACAAACACAUGGCAUGUCGGUUUUUUUUGUUUUUUUUCAGCUUUCAUGACCACUGAAAACAUAUUACAACUUUAAAGCAUUUCAGGAGAUUUAAAUUCUAUCUAAAAGUUUAAAGAAAGUGCCAUUAAUUACCAGUGAUGCUUUGUGUCCUGCCUGUUCUUUAUGCGAUUCUCUGCCCUAAAAACCCGUCCACACAAUACCUCAGGGUCUGGCCGAAAAUGCAGCCAAUACUGGAAGUAUCUGAACAGUUGUUCUUUGGACUUGGAGCUUCAGGACAAUCAGUUUGAAAUAAAAACAUUUACAUAUGUUAAAGAGCAAAUUUGAAUUCAGCUUUAACUUUGGUAGAUUCCAAUAGUUUUAUCAUUUAGGGGUUCAAAAGUCAUUGGAUGAACAUACAACAAAAUCCUCAUAUUUAUUUCUUGAUAAAAGUCCUCCACAGACAUCAUCAUUAUCAGUGUUUGCAUAGUGGGACUGAGCUCAGGUGAGUUACUCAGCCAGUCAAGCUUCACCUCUUCAUUCUGAAAAGCUUUUUGGUCGCGUCUGUCUUGUGUUGAAAGUCUUUGUUCUGCUGAAUAAUGAAAAUGCUUUUAGCUUGAUCUGAGCUCAGAAUGCUCCCAUGCCUCCAUGCUCAACCUGUUGCCUCAGUGUUGUCAGCAGUGAAUUCAUCACUAAAUGCCAGUGUGCCACUUUCACUGGAGCCGUACUCGGCACAUACUCUACAUGUCCAAGCCAUAACGGCAGCAUGUUUUACAGAUGGGCUUUUGAGCGUUGCCUCUUUCUGUCAUUUAGUUAGAGGUUGGAUUUCAUAGGUCCAAGGCUUUUUGGGUUUGUCUGUGUUUUUCAUAACUGCAGACUGACCUUUCUGUUUCUGCGGUUCCUGUCUCAUGCUGAAUCCUCUCAGGUUAGGGCCAUGAAGCUUUCUCUUUAUUAUUGACAGGGAAAUAUGUGGGUUUGGUACCAAUCUCGGUAAUUUUAAUGCUACAGACCAAAUGACAUUGGUCUACAUGAGUACAGAUUCACAUUGAUACAGAUGCAGGCUGCAGUGAGUUUCCCUUGUGCAUUGCAUAGUUGAUGCUUGUUUUCCCAUAUUACAAGUCUAUACAGUGGAAAUGACCUUUAAAACACAUAAAUAUAAAUAAAAAGCUCAGCCAGUGUGAUGGAACGUGACCUAAAACUGAUUAUCAUUUCUAAAAGGGCUGUCCCCCCCUCUUGGGUUUGGUGUGUUCUGUGCUCAGCUGCCUGGUGGUGCAGGGAGAGACAAAAAAAACUCAUACAAUGCAGCAUGUUUCUAGAGAUUCAUCUCCUCUUCAACAGAAAACGUGCAGAAAACAUUCAUAGUUUAGCACAAUUAAAUUAUAAAUUUAGAUUACACUCCCGUCAGGGAAACAUCUGUCUUCUUACCUGAUCUGACUGGAGCUGCUUUUGUCAGAUGCCACCAGUAUGCCAACCUCUCUGCUGUGCCAACAGCUGAAGGAGGAAAAAAACAUUAUAAAUUAAUUAUCAUCUAUCACUAUCACUAAACGAUACGUGUGUUUUUCACCAACUUAAACUAUGUUCUUGCUAUUACACGAGAGGAAAGUACAGAAAAAUGUACAGUUGUGUACCAGUACAGAUUCAAACCCCUAUACGUUAAGUUCCUUUUUAGUUUUCCAAUUUCUAUUGAACCUCCAAAUCUAGGUGCUAUAUGCUGAAAGGCCACUGACAAAUGAAGGUGCUGAAGCUCAGAGCCUGAAGAAUAAAAUGUGCCACUGUCCAAAUACUCAUGGUUUUGACUGUGUUAUGCUUUGUGCCACUGGUAAAAGCAUAUCUAUUUUUUUCAUCCAUGUCUGUUGAACUUAGUCUAACUUAAUGCAUAAGAACACUGACAGUUCCUCGAAGGUCACCCUGUUUGCCCUACAGUAACUGUAUUAUCAGUUGAUUUACUGAAGGAUAUUAGAUUGUAUGGAUGGCCUGGUGUGGUUAGGAUCGUAAGUCUACGCUAAAGACAGUUUAUUGUUCAUCUCUGAGCAUUUCUCAGGCACGAUUGCCAGUUUGGGGCCUUUUUACUUGACUCAUGUUACCACACUUGUCUUAUACUUAUGUUUUGUUCUGUGCUUUAUGAAAAUAUAUAUACAUAUAUUUCUUUUUAAAAUGUCUUUUAUUCAUGCUUUAUUUCCUUUCCUUUCAUAGACAAAUAUAUAUAUAUAUCCUGGGUUCUUUGUUUUGAUUUCAACAGGCAUCUGUUUGACUUUUGUUCCACCACACAGCUGCAGAAUAUCGUCUUAUUGUUAAUGUUGUUAGCAGUCCUAAGGGAGACCAAAUACGUAGCUGGCCCCAAGCUAACUGCCAAGAUUUUAUCUGUCUACAACAAUUCAGAUUUUAUUAGGAAUGACAACAACAAUUAGCAUUUCUUGAUAGCCACAAUGUGAAUUUAUUGUCUCUUUAUUUGGGAAGUGCAAGUUCAUUGUCAUGUCUUUUGUUUUGGUCUAUUAUUAAGGAAAAAUAGAAUAGUAAAUACAUACAUGCUGUUACCAUAGUUACUAACAAUGUCAAUAUAACAUGAAAGCUGCUUUUACUUGGACUAGAUUAUUGGUUGCAAUGUGCAGGUCAGUAAUCGAGCUAAUAUCAAGUCUCACACAAUGGCAUUUUAACAAUCUGCCAGUUUGAGAAAAUAUACUUCAUUCGUUCAUGUUUACGUUCUCAUCAUACGCUGCCCUUUGUUGUUCUUUGUAUGUUUAAAAAAGGAAAACGGACAAAGCCUUUGGCUCACAUUAUAAUUUGCCCUCAAAGCUUUUGUCAUCAUGUCCACGGUCCUCACAGAAUGUUGUGUAGCUGGGUUUGCUUGAUUGAAGUGUAAUUAUCAUUCAGUUGUCAAUUAUAAUUAUUAUUAUGUAGCACAGGCAGAUGGUAAGGGAGUGUAACUCUGCAAAUCCAUAUAUACAGACACAAAAAAACAUGUUUUGAAUUGAAACGCACACAAGGUGGCAGAUGAGUAGCAUUAAUAAUCUUUGAACACAACACCAAAGCCUCCCGCCUCACUGAGUCUGUAUAUAGAGGAAUACAUUCAGCACCCUACCAUCGCCUGCUGCGUGUACACUACAUGUCACAGGUUGUUUCACCCCCCACAUGUGCUCUCUUCAUAACACUACCUGAUCAGGCUGCACAUGUUUCCGAGCCUGUCAUUUUGAUGUAUUUUUAAACACGGUGCCUGCAGCGGUCUGAGAGAUCCUCUUUCUUUCUCUUUUUCCCCACUUCAGUUAAAAUGUAAAAACAUUUACAGGAUAAAACAGAACUCACAGCUCAAGUAAAUUCUCACCUAAAGUUGCAGCUUUUGUUGUGACAUUAUUGUUGCUAUUAUUUUAUCCUUGUCAUCCUGUUGUUAUAAAAGCGUGUGGGCGCGUCUUUUAUUUCUCUUACUUACUGUCUUACCCCUCUGAUAUGGAAGAUUAGGAUAGAACCACGCAAGUUGUUUGUUUCUUUGUGUUCUUAACAAAUAUGAUUAAUUUCUUAUUAGUUCUUAAUUAAAGUGUUUUCUCAGGGUCUAAACCACCCUUUUCCCUGCCUUAAAAAGGAACUCUAAUUUUGCAUAUGAGGAGACUUUGUGUUGAACACGAUGCAACAGAGCGGCUGCUGCCUUUUGAGUGAAGCUGAGGGUCUGGCAGAAGGCAGACGGAGGCCACUGGUGUCAGCUCUGCUGCAGUACAGAGCUGCAGCUCUCAAACAAGAGCACUCCCUCUCCUUUACUCUCCCUCCCUCGCUCUCUCUUGCUCUGUCCUUCUCUCUGCAGCCACCACCGUGUUUGGACUGAUCUGCCAAUAAUCAGAAAGUCACCUUGGUGAUGGGGAGUGUAGUGCCAUUGUAGUAAUCUGUGGUAGCAGCAUGGCAGGACUUAAAUAUGCAGAAACUACAAAGGCGACUCACUGGAGUAGGUUUGGUGAAACCGCUCCUGGUUUUGUAUUCCUUUUAUGUAAAGGGGGGGGGGUGAGAGUGAGGGAGCGAUCAAUGCUAAUUGUGCUUUGUCCUUUAUCAUAACAGCCUUGCAUCAUCAAACACUCUCUUAAUUUCUCUGCUGUCCCAUCUGGGCAGUUAAAUCAUUCCUGAGGACAAGCCUUAUGCAUACCAUGAAUGUUUAAGUGUGUAUCAGCAUGGACCUACUCUACUGCUCCACGCUCAGUAAGAAAUUAUCUUAUACCCUUUUGCAGUGCAGUGCACAAAACAAGUGAAGUCUAGGAAUGUGAUUUAAGAUGUGUCUUUUAUGUUUUCAAUGUUAUUCAGGUUUCUUAAUUUAAAUGCAUGAAAGCAAAUGAGCAUUCCAUUUCUUCUGUUUCCACCUGUGUGAGCAGACUAUACACAUUAUGGUAUGGAAUAGACAUACAUUUUAUGCAAUCACAAAGCAUUGUACUCACCACAAACAACCAGUUUAACGAUGGUUUGCCUUUUAAUGCCUCCGCCGUAGCUUCAAUGUGGACGAUUUCUAAAUAGCAUUCAAAAUCAUUACUUGUGUAUUUUGAUGAUAAUCUAUUGAUAUUGAACUUAUUUUUGGGUUGUUUUUUUUUCCACAUAUGCAUUUAUGAAAGUUUUGACUUGAUUUUCUUUCCCUUUUACUCAUGUACUACAAAGUGACUAGGCUGAUCCGCCUCGUGAACCCCUCCAAGUCUGCAAAUGUCUAAGCCUUUCUGUUCAUAUGUUUUGUUUGUUUGUUUGUUUUAGAGGCGAGCAGAUGACGCCUCAUGUUCAUACUCUGGUCACAUCAGAGCACAAAGACGCAGAAUAAUGGUCUGUGAACGUACCAUGUUUACAGAUAUACAGUGGCUCACAGUUGAAGAAGAUAGAUGCAGUGUUUAGUGUCCUUUUAGAUGCACAGUAACAGUUAUUUUAUAUCUUUGUAACUGAGCAGAAAACAAACAUUGUUUUUGUUUUUUUUUAGUUUUCCAGUUGUAUCACAAUUGCAGCAGAUUACAACAAAAACCCAUUCUGUCGGUCUAUUCAGACCCAUCUGCUCUGAUGGGCAGCCUUGUAAAGAAUUGUACAUGAAAACUGUGGGACAUGGUCUGUUACACUGUAUAAUGUGUUAAAAUAUGCCUCUUUCAUAUAUUAAAGGAUUUAAGAUAACAGAA